AUGGAAUUUAGCAUGUCGACACCGGAAACCCGCCACAAACCCAACAUUCUGAUCACCGGAUCGCCCGGCACCGGAAAAUCGACGACCGCGCAGCAGGUGGCCGACAAACUCGGAUUCGAAUUUAUCGAGGUAAAAAGUAGGCCAGUCUCGCAAAGAUUGCACCUUUCAUAUUCAAAAAAAAAAGGUUUGAAAGGCGCUCGAAACGAUAGCUGUCACCGGGCCUUGUCGAUCUCUGUCGUUGUGCAUUAAAAAUAGUAUGUGUAAGAAGCCGUCAAGCAGGCGGACCGUACUCCGCGGCUCUUACCAUGGCGGCAUUUUUCUGCAAUCGCGCUCAACUAUGCUCCAAACUGCCUCUAUUCUAUCGCAGUUCUAUUAGAGUGUACCGCGGUUUUUUUUUUAGGUAAACUGUUUUGCAGAUCAGCAAAGAAGUGCGCGAGAACAAUUUGAACGGCGAGUUCGACGAGCAGUACAAUUGUCACGUGUUGGACGAGGACAAACUGCUCGAUCACAUUUCCGAACGGAUGGACACCGACGAGGGCGGCGUCGUCGUCGACUACCACGGAUGCGACCUCUUUCCCGAGAGGUUCGCAACCUUUUUCGGCCGUCUUUUUUGAUAAAACCAUGGACACGGGCCGGCCAACCAACUUUUUAUCAUUUUCAGAUGGUUCGACGUGGUCGUAGUGUUGCGCUGCUCGACGGAAAAGCUGUACGAUCGUCUCCAGGCGCGCGGAUAUUCCGAAUUCAAAAUCAAGGAGAACGUCGAGUGUGAGAUCUUCGGAACACUUCUCGAAGAGGCCAACGAGUCCUACAAGUAGAAUAUUUUCACUAUGUUGACUGCUAAAUUAGAAGAAAAUGUGGUCUAGAUGGACAAAAAUAGAGUUUUUCAGAGAAGAAAUCGUGCACGAGAUGCAAUCGGAAACGCCGGAAGAAAUGGAGGAGAACGUGGAACGAAUCUGCGGUCUGGCGCGCGCUUUCAAAGCCGAUCCGAACAUGGAACAAUAA